AUGGCGGCUUCAGCUUCGUGGACCAGCCUUAAACCCUCGCCGCCCGCCGCCGCGGUCUCGCGGCUUCGACCUCUUCCCUUCUCCACCGCUUUCGGCGCAGCCACCCCUUCAUUACGCCGCCAAGGCAACCGACCCCGCCGCUUUGUCGUCCUCUCGAUGGACGCGAAGCCGACUAUUCUCGUGGCCGAGAAGCUCGGAGAGGCCGGGGUGAAGCUUCUCAAGGAGUUCGCGAACGUGGACUGCUCGUACAACCUCAGCCCCGAGGAGCUCUGCACCAAGAUCUCGCUCUGCGACGCCCUGAUUGUGAGGAGCGGGACCAAGGUCAGCCGCGAGGUGUUCGAGUCCUCCGCCGGGAGGCUGAAGGUGGUAGGUAGGGCCGGCGUCGGGAUUGACAACGUGGAUCUGGCGGCGGCCACUGAACACGGCUGUCUCGUGGUGAAUGCGCCGACCGCCAAUACCGUGGCCGCGGCGGAGCAUGGGAUCGCGCUGCUUACUGCCAUGGCGAGGAACAUUGCGCAGGCUGAUGCCUCUGUCAAGGCUGGUAAAUGGCUGAGGAGCAAAUAUGUAGGUGUAUCACUCGUUGGUAAGACAUUGGCUGUCAUGGGUUUUGGCAAGGUUGGAUCAGAAGUAGCUAGGCGUGCCAAGGGACUGGGUAUGCACGUCAUUGCACACGAUCCCUAUGCCCCGGCUGACCGUGCACGUGCAAUAGGUGUCGAGCUUGUGAGCUUUGAUCAGGCUAUUGCAUCUGCUGAUUUCAUCUCCCUUCACAUGCCUCUUACUGCUGCCACAUCGAAAGUUCUAAACGACGAGACUUUUGCCAAGAUGAAAAAGGGUGUUAGAAUCGUGAAUGUUGCACGUGGGGGUGUGAUUGAUGAGGAGGCUUUAGUGAGAGCUAUUGAUGCUGGCAUUGUUGCUCAGGCAGCACUUGAUGUCUUUACUGAAGAGCCCCCAGCUAAAGACAGCAAGCUCGUACAGCAUGAAAAUAUAAUUGCGACCCCACAUCUAGGUGCCAGCACUACAGAAGCUCAGGAAGGAGUUGCCAUUGAAAUAGCUGAGGCUGUUGUUGGAGCAUUGAAGGGGGAGCUUGCUGCUACUGCUGUAAACGCACCCAUGGUUCCUGCUCAGGUUCUAACCGAACUAAAGCCCUACGUCAGUCUCGCCGAAAAACUCGGCCGCCUAGCUGUCCAGCUCGUCUCCGGCGGCAGCGGCGUGAAAACCGUCAAAGUCACCUAUGCCUCCGCCCGUGCACCCGAUGACCUGGACACCCGUCUCCUCCGAGCCAUGAUCACAAAAGGCCUGAUUGAGCCCAUCUCCACCUCCUUCGUGAACCUCGUCAACGCUGACUUCACCGCCAAACAAAGGGGCCUCCGCAUAACCGAAGAACGAGUCGUUCUCGACGCAUCCCCUGAGAACCCGCUCGAGCUCAUCCAAGUCCAGAUUGCUAAUGUCGACUCGAAGUUUGCCAGUGCCAUAACCGACUCGGGUGAGAUUAAGGUAGAGGGCAGGGUUAAAGAUGGAAUUCCGCACCUGACUAGGGUCGGGUCGUUUGAGGUGGACGUGAGCUUGGAAGGGAGUAUUAUUCUAUGCAGGCAGGUGGAUCAGCCGGGCAUGAUUGGGGCUGUGGGUCGAAUCUUGGGAGAGGAGAAUGUGAACGUGAGCUUUAUGAGCGUUGGUAGGAUUGCUCCAAGGAAACAGGCGGUGAUGGCAAUCGGGGUGGAUGAAGAGCCGAGCAAGCAGUCGCUGACUAGGAUUGGCGAGAUUUCUGCUAUUGAGGAGUUCGUUUAUCUCAAGCUGUAA